CAGUAUCGUAUUGGUAUAUUAGGCAAUAGGUUUAAUACAGGAAGACCUAGAUCAGCAGUGAAAUAACGGGAACAAAAAUGAGUGUAUCUGUGGCGGUAAACUUAACUCCCUGGCGUCCUGACCCAGUCUGACUAAUUAUUGUCUUAAGAGGGUUAGGCUACUGUAUACGCCGAUGGUGCGACCUCCUCUUCCUCCUCCUCCUCCUCCUCCUCCAUGAUCUCCUGCUGUUCUUGACGCACUCUUUAAAAACGCGAAGCGGAUCUGUUUCAUUCACUACAUCAAGAUACAUCAGCCACCAUGAGCUCUUUACGCGGCAUUGGACUUUAUUUGAUACUUGUGCUUGUUUUUGUGUGCGAAGCAUCGGAAGACGCAGAGCCCCAGAGGGAAAUGGCACACGUUUACGAUGGAGAUGGCCUUCAGCGAACGAUGACACUUGAAGAAAUGGAGGAUAUGAUGUUGCAGAGACCAGUCCUCCCUGACCUUUCAAGAUUUAUCAAAGUGCAAGAGACAGAUGUAAGUCAGCCAGAGGUCACAAAUUUUCACCCUGAGAAUGCCCCAAGAGGUCUGCCACUGUUUGGCCCUCGCUCCAUGGGACUCGACGCAGGGCCAGAAAUUCAUUUCCCACCAUCCUUUCCCAGUAUCACCAAUCUUGAAGAUAUCUGUCAGUUUAGUAACACUUCCAUCCGAUACCCUAAGGACAUAUUUCCCCCGAGUGGCUUCGGUGCACUGCAUCGACAGGCUGAAGCUGUGAAUCGACUCCAGCCCUGGUACGGCAUGUGCUGUGGCCUUAAUGGAACGGAGGAAGAAAAGCUCUGUUGUGCUGAACAAGCGUGGAAGAAGACUCUUUCUGCCUUCUGUGAUGACGAGUUCUCUAUAAAGACGAUUGCGUACUUCUGCUGCAAAAUGAAUGGGAAGGCCAUAUGGAGCUGCUUUGAUAAGGAGGCUCCGGCUACUUCAUACGACGUCCCCCUCAUUGACAAUAUUGACAUGCCGAGCAAGGUCCAAGGCUUCAAAUAUAACCCCAGUUCUUGCAAAGGCUCAUCGGCGGCUUCCCCUAGCGCUCUUAAGAAGCAGGCAGAAAUUCUAGACAUCUCCUUUCCACCUGGCCGUCCUCAUUCCUCCAACAUAGAUCUGAUCUGUGGUCAUCGCAAGAUCCGCCCACGUUACCUCACCAGGUGUCUUCCUCGCACUGGCUAUGGCUGGUUGGCCCGUCAAUCAAAAGCCAUCAACGUGCUGGAAAAAGAAUAUGUCCAGUGCUGUAAAGAGAAAAAGGGUAAACACAACUGUGCUGAAAGAAAGUGGAAGAAGAUGGUGGAUAAGUUCUGUAAAGACGAAAAGAAAACCAAAGGAAAGGAUUUCGUGUGCUGUGACAAGAAGAAAGGAGAAGAGCUGUAUUCCUGUUUCGCAUCGGCUGCUCCAGAUCCAGCAUACAUCAUGACUAAUGCCCAAUUUCCUCCUCCCACCCUGGAGUCAUUCUGUGAUAUCCACACAAGCCUCCAGAACGUGACUGAGUUCCCAGUAGAUCAAAUGGUUGAACGGUGCUGCCCUCUGGUGUCGCAGAAGAGAUCUUCAUGUGUAGAGGCAGAGCUGAAUAGCAGCCUAAAUGAUUUGUGUGAAGUGAAAGAGCUGGAGAAGCCUUACUGUUGUGAAACUACCAUCAAGAACCGUGCCAAGUGUGCCACAAAACUGCUUCUUCGCUACAUGGCCAAGGCAAAUAAAGUCAAAUUUAGUGGGAAGAAGAAAUGUCCCCUGAUCGAGAGCCAGAUGGAGCGUGACAUUUAAUACCGAAGCAGAUUAUACACAGCACAUUUCAAUUACACUUGAGUUGAGCCAAACUGCUUUAUAGCCUAUCUGUAUCACUUGGUUAGUUGAAACUAUGUUUUACAAAAUCCUUACAUUUUUUUAAUUCAGAAGAUAUAUUUUUCUGUACGGUCAAUUGAGAAAAUGAACUGCGUGGACAGUUCCGUUUUUAUGUUUUAGCAAUGUUCAGAUAAUGGAUUUUAACAAAUUAUAUUCAUUAAUUUAGCUGAAAAUUAUAUUUUCAACAAGAUGACUCUAUGUACAAAUAAAGCACUACUAUACA